AUGGCCCCGGUCAUCGUCCGCCCCCGCCCCGGCAGCUCCGGCCACACCGGCAGCGUCGGCUUCGCCCUCCCCACCCACCGGCGCCCGCGCCGGCGUCUACCGAUCCGUGUUCGCCCCGUACCAAGGCAUCAACUCGGGCAGCUACGAUACCUCCAACCCGCCCCCGUGCCCCUCGAAUGGAUGAUGGGGCCCAGCGACGUCGGCACGUGCCCCACCGCCAACGAUACCCUCGUCACCUUUGGCGUCACCGCCCUCGUCAUCGCCCUCGGCCUCACCGUCGCCGGGUGCCGCCCCAUCGCCAACAAGGCGAGCUGCGGGUGUCUCGGCAAAAAGGGCGGCAGCGGCGUCUGGUGGACCUGGAUCUUCACCACGGGGCUCAUCCUCCUCGGCAACCUCGCGUCCAGCCUCCUCGUCGUCAAUACGGAGGGGUACGAGCAUCUCGUCUUCCGCAACGUGUUUGCCCUGUACGCCUCCCGCCCGAGUUUCGCCCUGGCCUGGAUGGCCCUCCUCCGCAUCGCCGUGUACCGCAAGAGCGAGUACAUUUACGUGGACGGCUACAUCUCGUCCGCCAUCGGCGAGCUCGUGCUGAAAAUCAUCUCCGCCGCCUUCAUCGGCACCACCUGGAAGCGUCUGCCCAAUGAGCCCGUCAAAGAGUAUAUGAAGGGCGUGCUCAUCUACAUGCAGGUCCUCCCUGCCCUCGUCCUCGUCUGCAUGGUAGUCGUCCCCAUCUGGCACCGAACGCCGUCCGAGAAAACGUCGGGACAAAAGUUCCUCUACGCAUUCGCCGCGUGCAUUCCCCUGGUAGCCGUUGUCUUGGGGCCGUGGAUCUACUGGACUUAUUUUCUCUCCUUGCCUGGUUCGCUAUGGUGUCCGCCAAAACUAGCGUCCCAAGGUACUCUGUGGACAAUAUUUUCUAUCCUUGGUGGGCUGGUUGAGCAUAGUCAAAGACGAUCCAAGUCCGACUUCACCGCCGUCGCUAUCGCUAACCCUAAGGGUCCGAGGCACAGCUUCGCCAACUGCCUCGUCAUCGACAACGACACCGGCCGCAUCGCCCACGUCGGUAGCCUAACGGACCCCAAAGUCGCCGACAUCGCUGCCACCACAGCCACCCGCCAGGACAUGCAGGGCCGCUUCCUCCCCCUCGACGACUGCCACAACCUCGCCGACAUCCGCGCCAAGAUCACCGCCUUCGCCGCCGCCCACCCGAAAGCUGAACGCAUCCUCUGCAGCGGCUGGAUGCCCUUCAUGACGGGGCCCGGCGACGCCCAUUCCAGCAUGCUCGAGGGCCUCGACCCGCGGCCCAUCUUCGUCGACUCCAAGAGCCUGCACUCCACCUGGUGCAACGCCGCCGCCCUACGCGAGCUCGCCAUCGACGACGCCACCCCCGCGCCCCCGGCGGCAUCAUCCACCGCGACGCCGAGGGCCACAUCACGGGCCGUCAACGCCAUCAAGGCCGCCAUGGACUCGUACCUCUCCCACGGCUACACCGGCCUCGUCGAGAUGGCCAUGGAGGACAAUACCUGGGAGGCCCUACUUGCCCUCAAGGAGCAAGAAGGCGGGUUACCCGUGCACGUGGCCGCCUACUGGCUCAUCCGGCCCUCCACGACCACCGAAGAGGCCCUCGCCCAGGUCGACCGCGUCAUCGAGCUCAACCGCCGCUUCAACGCCGAGACCAGCCCCGAGUGCCGCAUCGCCGGCAUCAAAAUCAUCUGCGACGGCAUCGUCGACGCCUGCACCGCCGCCCUCACCGUCCCUUACUCCAACGGCGCCACCUACGACAUGCUCUGGCCCCUCGACGCCUUACGGCCCGUCGUCGAGCGCGCCGCCAACGCCGGCCUCCAGUGCGCCCUCCACGCCAUCGCUCGCGUCCCCCGCGACGCCCGCCGCCUCGGCCAGCUCGGCAUCACCGCCUCCGUCCAGCCCGUCCACGCCGAUCCCGCCAUCAUCCGCGCCUGGCCCGCCCUUCUCGGCUCCGCUCGCUGCUCCCGCGCUUUCGCCUACUCCGAUUUCGCCCGCGAGGGCGCCGUCCUCGCCCUCGGCUCCGAUGCCCCUACUUCCCCUUACGACCCGUUCCCCAACCUCUACACCGCCACCACGCGCCGCUCCGCCCGCGAGCCCGCUUCCGAAGAGGUCGUCAACCCCCACUUCGCACUUAGUCUGGCCGCCGCGCUCACUGCGCUCACCGAGGGCUCCGCCUAUAGCAGCUUCGCCGACGCUUGGACCGGGAAGCUCGAGGCUGGGAAGGCUGCUGACUUGGCCGUCAUCGACAUGGAGUGGGACGUGGAGAAGUUGCUGGGCGCCAAGGUCGUGCAGACGUGGUCGAGGGGCAAGGUCGUGUACGAUGGGGAGCGGAUAGAGUAG